GCAGGCUCGAAGAUUCGAACCCUAACCCCUAAGCCACAAAUGUGCGUAACCGACCAGCGCUUGACCAACUACGAAUGUCUAUCCUUUCGGCAAGGGCCGUGGGAGAGGCAACAAGGACAUGAAAGACCUGUUGGGUGGAAAAGGUGCCAAUCUUGCGGAGAUGGCGACCAUUGGAUUGUCAGUCCCUCCCGGCCUUACGAUCACGACGGAGACGUGCGGCUUGUUCCAUGCAAACGGCAGCAGACUGCCGGAUAACAUCUGGGAGGACGUCCUUAAGGGCCUCAAGACUAUUGAGCAGGACCUAGGCUUCAAUUUCGGAGACCCUGAGAGAGCUCUUCUUGUCUCUGUUCGCUCUGGUGCUGCUAUCUCCAUGCCAGGAAUGAUGGACACCGUCCUCAACUUGGGUCUGAACGACGAGGUGGUCGCUGGAUUGGCCAAGAAGAGCGGAGAGCGAUUUGCGUACGAUUCGUAUCGACGAUUCAUCGACAUGUUCGGCAAUGUUGUCAUGGAUGUGUCACAUUCAUCCUUUGAGGAGGAGUUGGAGCACUUGAAGAAGGUGCGGGGUGUAAGUGAGGACACGGAGCUCAACACGGACGAUCUGAAGACGCUUGUUGACAAGUACAAGCUCGUCUACAAGAAUGCUACGGGCAGCGAUUUCCCCUCUGAACCUUAUGAGCAGUUGAGGCACGCCAUCUCUGCGGUAUUUAACUCGUGGAACAGCACCAGAGCCAUCAAGUACCGUACGAUCAAUCAGAUCACAGGCCUGAAGGGCACGGCGGUAAAUGUACAGGCCAUGGUGUAUGGCAACAUGGGAAACACGUCUGGCACGGGUGUGCUUUUCACAAGGAACCCCAGCACAGGCGAGCCCAAGCUCUAUGGCGAAUUCCUCGUCAAUGCGCAGUUUAAAAACCCUGCUGCGUACAAGGACCAAGUGGUUGCCACCGGACUUCCAGCUUCCCCGGGAGCUGCUAUUGGUCAGAUCGUCUUCAGUGCCGAUGACGCUGAAGCCUGGCAAAAGGAGGGCAAGCAAGUGCGGACGGAGACGAGUCCGGAGGAUGUUGGAGGUAUGCAUGCUGCCCAAGGAAUCUUGACGGCACGUGGUGGAAUGACGAGUCAUGCUGCAGUCGUGGCCCGUGGAUGGGGGAAGUGCUGUGUCGCUGGGUGCGCUGAUAUCCAUGUUAAUGAUGUGGCAAAGGUUAUGACGGCAGCGACAAUGCGGCUGGUGAAGAUGACAAUUAUGAUGGCGAGUCUUCCUGUGACGAUCCGUCUUCUGGACCCACCACUCCACGAGUUCUUGCCUGAGGGAGACGUUGGCGACAUGGUUGAAGUGCUGGCCAAGGACUCUGGAAUCUCGACGGAGGAGAUUCUCUCACGGAUUGAGAAGUUAUCUGAGGUCAACCCCAUGCUCGGCUUCCGUGGAUGCAGGUUGGGUAUUUCGUACCCUGAGCUGACGAGAAUGCAAGCAAGAGCGAUUAUGGAAGCGGCUGUGGCGUGUACAGAGCACGGUGUCAAAGUGCAUCCUGAGAUCAUGGUUCCGCUCGUUGGUGGCCCACAGGAGUUGGCACACCAGACUGCUGUCAUCAGGAAGACGGCCGAGGAAGUGAUGUCCCACAGCGGCGUGAAGAUUGAUUACUUGGUUGGAACCAUGAUUGAAGUUCCCAGGGCGGCACUGGUCUCCGAUGAGGUAAGUAAAAAUAUUAAAAGCACAUCUGUUUAGUCGAUGUUGAAUCGCUUUGACUCAAUUUUUUAAUUCAGUGUAUUCAUUCUAUUCAAUCGUUUACUGUCUGAUAUUAUGCAUCUCAUUAUAAUAUGUCAAAGGAAACGUAGAGGAAGAAAAGGGGAAGACUCAGAAGAUCGGAGUGUAGAGAUAGAUAUAGCGAGUUUGAAAGUGGGAGGACUCAACAAAGAUGCACCCAAUCA